AAAAGCUCAUUUGGCUUCUGCCAACUUACGUCACCUAUGGCGAAGACGAAAUAUCCGUCUAUCAAUUAAGGGGAGAGUAUAUUGCUCAGCAGUUCGUUCUAUUCUUCCUUACGGCUGCGAAACGUGGCCAUUGAGUAUACUCACCGUUUACACUUAACAAAGCAUCUGUGUAAUUAUUCAAAGGGGGUUACGCCGUUUCUGAAGCGUAUUCAAUAAUAAAAAUGAUGUUGCAUCCUUCGGAUUCUGAAGACAUUGUCGAAGAGAGAGUAAUAAACGAAGAAUACAAGAUAUGGAAGAGGAAUACUCCGUUCUUGUACGAUAUGCUGAUGUCACACUGCUUGGAAUGGCCAAGUUUAACUGCCCAAUGGUUGCCGUCUGUGGAAAGGACUGGGCGAGAUUACUCCGUUCAUCGUUUAAUACUCGGAACUCACACAUCUGAUGAGCAAAAUCACUUGUUGAUAGUUACGGUUCAUCUACCAAAUGACCAGGCGGAGUUUGAUGCAAGUGCUUAUGAUAGUGAACGAGGUGAUUUCGGGGGAUUUUAUUUUCCAUCUGGGAAGUUGGAAAUAUCAAUGAAAAUAAAUCAUGAAGGCGAAGUCAAUCGUGCUAGGUUUAUGCCACAGAACCCAGACAUAAUAGCUACCAAAACACCAAGUGGUGAUGUUUUAAUAUUCAAUUAUCCAAGACAUCCACCGAAAACCCCAUCAGACCGUGGUUGCCAACCUGAUCUACGUCUCAAGGGCCAUCAAAAAGAAGGUUAUGGUCUUUCAUGGAAUGUGUCUCUUAAUGGUCAUCUUCUUUCAGCAUCUGAUGAUCAGACAAUUUGUUUAUGGGAUGUUAAUGCUGCUCCUCUAGAUGGCUGUGAUCUAGAUGCGAUGGCUAUCUUUACGGGUCAUCAUUCAGUAGUUGAGGACGUUUCCUGGCACCUUUUCCAUGGACAUAUUUUUGGUUCAGUAGCAGAUGAUAAUAAACUUAUGGUUUGGGAUACACGGAGUUCAAAUCGUACAAAACCUCAGCACCAAGUGGAUGCUCAUACAGCCGAAGUCAAUUGUCUUGCUUUUAAUCCAUUUUCUGAGUUUAUUAUUGCGACAGGAAGUGCGGACAAAACUGUUGCUCUUUGGGAUCUGCGUAAUCUUCGACUGAAGCUACAUUCAUUUGAAUCUCAUCGAGAUGAAAUAUUCCAGGUAAAAAUCCAGCAUUUUUUAAAUGCAUCCUUGAAAUCUAAUUACAUGAGUUUGUUUUGUCAGCGUAUUCACUACAUUAUACAAACUCACAUUCAGACUGAUAGUAUUACUUAGUUUUCCGAUAAUUUUUAUCUUUGAGUUAAAAGUAAGUAGAAAGGUGAUGAAAUAUCCUGGUUUUUAAGAUUACUGUUUUAUGUUCUUGCUAUUUGAUUUUACUGGGUUGUGCAAUUACAUUAAUUUGUAACGAUCAUCUAAUUCAUGUAACUACUCUUUUAGAAACGCAGAUCGCGUAGUUUGUUUGGUUACAGCUUCAAACCUUCAUGCUGUUCUUAAAAACGGUCCAGAUAUCAUUGUUAGAUAUAUCUUAGAGUAGUAGAAAUCAGUUAAAUAAGAUAAUCACAUUAGUAAUUUUUAUCAUUACAUGUUCACAUAAUUCAUUGGUUCAUUUGAAAGAUAGAUAAUUGUGUUCACUACUUUGUAUAACGUACCAUUCAAGACUUAUUUCUAAGUCAUAGGUUUGCUUUUAUCCUUACUAAGCCGGUAGUUAAAACAUUACAAUAAAUCAGCUUACGUUGAACACUGACAAAAUACCAGAUAGAUAAUCGUGAAGGAAAUCUGCUAAACUGCAAUUCUUCAGGUAUGUUCAGAUAAAAAAACAGAUUGCUUAGAAAAGACUGUUCAAUAAUUUUUUAGUGUUAUCGUAUUAGAAAACUAAACUGCUCACAACACAACGGUGUAUUGACUUCUCAAAAUAAUAUAAAAUUUUACAAAAUAUAUUGCUUCUGUUGGUUUGGAGUCAUAACCAUUAAGCACAGGGCUACUAAAGUCAAGGUGAACAAUUCCCCAAUUUUGUGAAAAUGAUCUUUGCUAUGAAAUUGGUAUUCAGCUGCUUCUAUUUUCCAUUUAAGUGCUACUGAUGUUUAGUAUAAACAUGGUUGUAUCGUCUAAACAUAUUUCACCGCAGGUUACUUUAAUGAAAAGUUGAAUCUGGCUUUUUUAAACUAUUUGUAAUAUAUUUUCAUUAGGUCCAGUGGUCUCCACAUAAUGAAACUAUACUGGCAAGCUCAGGGACUGAUCGUCGUCUUCAUGUCUGGGAUUUGAGUAAAAUAGGUAUUGAUCAGACUGCCGAAGAUGCUGAUGAUGGACCUCCUGAGUUAUUGUUCAUUCAUGCUGGGCAUACGGCAAAGAUUUCAGAUUUCUCGUGGAAUAUUAAUGAUCCUUGGGCUAUUUGCUCUGUAUCCGAGGAUAAUAUUUUACAGAUCUGGCAAAUGGCUGAGAAUAUAUACAAUGAUGAUGAAAUAGAGAUGGGGAAUCCAGAACUUGAACAGCAUUCUUAGCCCACUACUCAAUCCAUUCUGUUUUGUUUUCGUAUAUUUUCUGUGUUUCCUUAAUGUUGUGUAUAUAAGAUGCACCAAGAAAUAAACAGCAAAUUUUAUGUUUUCU